AUCCUUUUCUCAUUUUUUCUGGUUUCUUUGGGUAACUAUGGAUGUAAACUAUGUAUAAAUGAUUAACCAGCAAGAUCUUCUGACUCAAGGGAAUUUUUUUUUAUCUGAAGACUUUAGAUUUCAGGACUUUGGUAAACAGAUGGGAAGAAAGGCACUGUUGUAAUUAAAAGAUGUGAAUAAACAGUUUAUUUCACUCUCUUUUCUUUUUUAAGUUGAGGUUGCUCUUGUUCCUGUCUACAACAGAUGGAAGUCACAUCAUCAGAGAUUCAGACAUAUUUUGAUUCAAGACUCAGUAUAUUUGAAAGUUAUUUUGGAAAACCAGUCCAACAUAUAAUCGAGAAGAAUUCUGAAAUACGUCCUUUGGCUUCACUAGCAUUGAUGUCGGCAAACACUAGAGAGGAUUAUAGGCCAUACACACCUCUGAAGGGAGCCUUUUCCACUGUGUGGUUUGACAGGUAUAAGAUUUCUAAUGACUGUCCUGAACACAUUGAAAGUAUUGAUUCCAUGUGCCGGCAGCUUACAGACUUGAUCAAUGAUGAGAUUAAGAAUGGCAUUGCAAAGAACAGGAUACUAAUAGGAGGCUUUUCGAUGGGAGGUGGAAUGGCAAUGCAUGUAGCAUAUAGGUUUCAUCAGGAUCUGGCAGGAGUCUUUGCACUGUCUAGUUUUCUCAAUAAAGACUCUGCUGUUUACAAGGCUUUGAAAAGAAAUGAAAGUGUUCUUCCAGAAUUAUUUCAGUGUCAUGGAACUGCUGAUGAACUAGUUCUCUACUCAUGGGGUGAAGAGACCAACAAGAUGUUAAAGUCACUGGGGGUAUCAGCAUCACUUCAUACCUUUCCAAAUCUCAAUCAUGAGUUAAACAGAACUGAAAUAGAAAAACUAAAAUCCUGGAUUGAAAAGAAAUUACCUGUUGAAGCAGCAAAGGCAAAUGAAUAAAAGAAGAUCCAGCCUCGUGUAAUUCUUGAUUUUUGUGGGUUUAAGAUCAUGUGUGGAAGGUAUAUGAGUGUCCCAUAUCCAUUAUGUAAGCACAGCUUCAAGGUAGACACUCUUAUUGUCCGUAAAGUUCACCUAAGUGGUAAAAUGAUGGCGCUGACUAUUAAAACUGAUUUUAUUGUAUGGGUUC